AUGCUCGAAGACAGCGAGACGCGAGAACACGAUAAUGGCAGCAUUGGUCCCGCUAUUCUAUCGAAGGAUGAAGCUCUUCUGGCGCGUCUAGGGUAUAAACAAGAGUUUCGUCGCAAUUUCAGGCCCAUAGAGGUGUUUGGCGUCGGGUUCAGUAUUAUCGGACUCGUUCCUUCUCUCGCAUCGACGUUCGUAUACGCCUUGCCCAACGGUGGAGCUGCCGCGUUGGUUUGGGGGUGGACAGCAUGUUCAGUCCUCCUCAUUAUUAUUGGGCUCGCAAUGGCCGAGCUAGGAUCUGCCGCUCCAACGUCUGGCGGUCUGUAUUAUUGGACUUUUAUGUUCUCUUCCCCAAAAUGGCGCUGCUUUCUUGCUUGGAUAGUCGGGUAUUCUAAUAGUGUUGGCAACAUUGCUUCUGUCGCCAGCGUCGACUGGGGAUGUGCCGUUCAAAUUAUGGCCGCCGCUAGUAUUGGUUCAGAUUUGCAUUUCACAGCGACAACCGGCCAAACAUACGGCCUGUUCUUAGCCUUACUAAUAUGUCAUGGCACUAUCUGCAGCUUUGAUCCCAAAAUAAUUGCACGCUUGCAAACUCCUUAUAUUAUUGCCAAUGUUCUCCUAUGUUUCGCCUUGAUCAUCGGUCUGCCUGCGGCUACUCCUAAAGAAUCCAUGAAUACGGCAAACUAUGCCUUCGGGGACUUUGAAAACUUUUACGGGUGGCCAAAUGGUUACGCAUUCAUUCUUAGCUUCCUCUACCCAUUGUGGAGUAUCGGUGCAUUCGAUUCGACUGUGCACAUCAGUGAGGAGGCUACGAAUGCCAAUGUGGCAAUCCCUUUUGCAAUAAUAUUGGCAGCUACCUCGAGUAGCAUUCUCGGUUGGGGAAUCAAUGUUGCAAUUGCAUUCUGCAUGGGCACGGAUGUUGAGGCUAUUCUGGACAGUCCUGUUGGGCAACCGAUGGCAACACUUCUUCUAAAUUCGUUUGGCAAGAAAGGGGCAUUGGCACUGUGGUCUCUAAUUAUUGUACUCCAAUUCGCAAUAGGAACAAGUAUGCUGACUGCUUGCUCUCGUCAAAUAUUCGCCUUCUCGCGUGAUGGCGGCCUCCCCUUCUCCCGUUGGCUCUAUUACGUCCACCCACGCAGUCACACGCCUGUCCAUUGUGUAUGGGCUGUCGUAUUCAUCUCCUCACUCUUGGGUCUCCUCGGGUUUGCAGGAAGUGUCGCUAUUGGCGCAAUAUUUUCCCUGGUAGUUACCGGUCAAUACAUCGCAUACUCAGUCCCCAUUAGCGCCAGGUUCCUUGGAGGUAAGAAAAUCAAACCCGGCCCGUUCAGUCUUGGAAAAUUUAGUCUUCCUGUGGCUGUUGUUGCGGUUGUUUGGAUGAUCUUCAUGGUCAUCGUGUUCCUGUUUCCUACGACGCCUAGUCCCACUUCCAAGGACAUGAACUACACCGUUGUGGUCCUAGGCGGAACUCUUGUUUUAGCGACGAUUUACUUUUAUUUCCCUGUGUACGGAGGCAUUCAUUGGUUCACGGGACCGGUGGUGACGAUCGACAAUCACGAUCUACGUCCCGGCUCUGAAUCCGAGUACACGGAGAAGAAGGAGAAUAUGAGCGAUGACGAGAGUAAGACGGUGGUGUAG